AUGUCUCAACCUCCUGGUUUUACUGACCCCUCUCGUCCAGAUCAUGUUUGCCUCCUCAAGCACUCUCUCUAUGGUCUCAAACAACCCCCUCGAAUGUGGAACAAACAACUCACUGAUGCUCUUCUUUCACUUGGGUUCAUGGGUUUUACGACUGAUACUUCUCUAUUUUAUAUGUCCACUCCAGGUGACAAGCUUUUUUGCUUGAUAUAUGUGGGUGAUAUUUUAAUAAUGGGUAAUAAUCAUGUACGUAUCAAGGCUUUGGUUUCUCAACUUCAAUCUCAGUUUGUUGUCCGAGAUUUAGGGACGUUGUCCUAUUUUUUGGGUAUUACAGCAACUUGGACGAAAGAAGGAUUAUUUCUAUCGCAACACAAGUAUGUCACUGAGCUCCUUCGCCGAGCACAAAUGGACUCAUGCAGUUCUGUUACUACUCCAAUUUCCCCUGCUUCUAAGCUUUCCUCUUCUGGUGGAAUUCCGUUGAGUGAUCCUUCUAUGUAUCGUAGUAUAGUUGGUGCCCUACAAUACUUGACAUUCACUCGUCCCGACAUAACUUACACAGUAAAUAAAGCUUCACAAAUUAUGCACUAUCCUAUAGACACACAUUAG